AGGUGCAUUACGGUAGGACAGUGGUCUACAGUUUUCUGCUUCAGGUAGUGUUUAGUAGCUGAGCUGAUCUCCAGGAGUCGGUUACUGCUUAAAAUCGAUAACUCGAAAGUAGCUUGUGGGUAAGGAUAAAGUCUUCAGCUAUGAGUAACCCUUACGCACACAUCACUGAGCCUCUGAACUCCCAGAAGCCUGAUUGCAAGUUUUUCAAUCUCAGGAAGCUUGAAGACCCCCGAUAUGAACGCCUGCCUUUCUCCAUCCGUGUGCUGCUGGAGUCAGCGGUGAGGAACUGCGAUGAGUUCCUGGUAAAGAAGGAAGAUGUGGAGCGCAUCCUCAACUGGAAGCAGACCCAGAUGCAGACGGUGGAGGUGCCCUUCAGGCCUGCCCGCGUCAUCUUGCAGGACUUCACUGGGGUUCCUGCAGUGGUGGAUUUUGCAGCAAUGCGUGAUGCAGUAAAGAAGCUGGGUGGAGAUCCAGAGAAGAUCAACCCUGUGUGUCCUGCUGACCUAGUCAUUGACCAUUCCAUCCAGGUGGACUUCAACAGGAAGUCUGACAGUCUUCAGAAAAACCAAGAACUUGAAUUUGAAAGAAACAAGGAACGUUUUGAGUUUUUAAAGUGGGGUUCCAAAGCAUUCCAGAAUAUGCGCAUCAUCCCUCCAGGAUCGGGAAUUGUGCAUCAGGUAAACCUGGAAUACCUAGCCCGGGUCGUGUUUCAGCAGGAUGGCUACUAUUACCCUGACAGUCUAGUGGGCACUGAUUCGCACACAACCAUGAUCGAUGGCUUGGGGGUGCUGGGCUGGGGCGUGGGAGGUAUUGAAGCUGAGGCGGUUAUGUUGGGUCAGCCAAUCAGUAUGGUCCUCCCAGAGGUCAUUGGGUACAAACUCCAGGGCACACCAAACAAAUACAUCACCUCCACUGAUAUUGUCCUAACUGUCACUAAGCAUUUGCGUCAGGUUGGUGUGGUAGGGAAGUUUGUGGAGUUCUUUGGGCCUGGUGUGGCUCAGCUUUCUAUCGCAGAUCGAGCCACUAUUGCCAACAUGUGCCCUGAGUAUGGUGCUACUGCUGCCUUCUUCCCUGUUGACCACAUCAGUGUGCAGUAUCUCGAGCAGACAGGGCGAGAUGCUGAAAAGCUCAGUUACAUUACACAAUACCUGAAAGCAGUUGGUAUGUUUAGGGACUACAGCAAUGAGGCUCAGGAUCCAGAAUUUACAAAGGUUGUUGAACUUGAUCUCAGCACAGUUGACCCUUGCUGCAGUGGACCGAAGCGACCGCAGGACAAAGUGUCCGUGUCGGAAAUGAAGCAGGACUUUGAAACUUGUUUAGGAGCCAAGCAAGGCUUUAAGGGGUUUCAGGUGCCAGCUGAACGCCACCAUGUCAGCAUACCAUUCCAGUAUAAUGGGGUGGACUAUUCCCUCUCUCAUGGUUCUGUGGUUAUCGCUGCAAUCACCAGCUGCACAAACACCAGCAACCCUUCUGUCAUGCUUGGUGCAGGCCUCCUGGCAAAGAAAGCCAUCCAGUGUGGCUUAAGUGUAAAGCCUUACAUUAAGACCAGCCUGUCUCCUGGUAGUGGAGUGGUCACCUAUUAUCUGAAGGAAAGUGGUGUAAUGGAAUAUCUUUCAGAAUUAGGUUUUGAUGUAGUGGGUUAUGGCUGCAUGACCUGCAUAGGGAACAGUGGUCCUCUUCCAGAGCCAGUGGUAGAGGCCAUCACCCAGGGAGAUCUGGUAGCAGCAGGUAUUCUUUCUGGGAACAGGAACUUCGAAGGUCGUGUACACCCCAACACCCGUGCCAACUACUUAGCUUCUCCUCCUCUGGUCAUUGCUUAUGCUAUUGCAGGAACAAUAAGGAUUGACUUUGAAAAGGAGCCCAUUGCGGUGAACCCUGAGGGGAAGGAAAUUUUUCUAAGGGAUAUCUGGCCCACAAGAGAGGAGAUCCAGUGUGUGGAAAGGAAGUUUGUUAUCCCCGCCAUGUUCAAAGAGGUCUAUGAGAAAGUAGAGAAAGUUAAUGAGCGCUGGAACUCUCUGAAUGCUCCUUCUGACAAGCUCUACACCUGGGACCCUAAGUCCACCUACAUCAAGUCUCCACCUUUUUUUGAUGGACUGUCCAGAGAGCUUCCAAAGCACAAGUCUAUUAUCGAUGCAUAUGUCCUUCUCAAUUUGGGGGAUUCAGUGACCACAGACCACAUCUCUCCAGCCGGAAACAUUGCCCGAAGCAGUCCUGCAGCUCGCUACCUGACCAGUCGUGGACUAACACCUCGAGAGUUUAACUCGUAUGGCUCCCGACGCGGUAACGAUGCUGUCAUGGCUCGGGGAACGUUCGCAAACAUCCGCCUUUUCAACAAGUUCCUCAACAAGCAGGCACCUUGCACCAUCUACUUACCUACAGGGGAGACGCUGGAUGUGUAUGAUGCUGCAGAGAAGUACCAGGAGGCAGGUUUUCCACUACUGCUGCUGGCUGGGAAGGAGUAUGGUUCAGGAAGCUCCAGAGACUGGGCUGCCAAAGGACCGUUCCUGUUGGGUAUCAGCGCUGUGCUGGCAGAGAGCUACGAGCGCAUCCAUCGCAGUAACCUGGUGGGAAUGGGGAUCAUUCCUCUGGAGUAUCUGCCUGGACAAACGGCUGAUAGCCUGGGGCUCACCGGCCGGGAGCGCUACACUGUGGUCAUCCCUGAGAAGCUCACACCCAGAAUGAUUGUUGACAUUAAGCUGGACAAUGGAAAGACAUUCCAGGCUAGGAUGCGUUUCGACACCGACGUGGAGCUCACCUACUUCCACCACGGCGGCAUCCUGAACUACAUGAUCCGCAAGAUGACAGAAAAGUAGAGAGUGUCUCAUCUCCCUCCAGUGCAGUGCAAAGGCAGUGUCAUGUUUCAUCUGUCUCUUGUUUUGGAAGUGCAAGCCUUUGGCCAAGUUUAGGAAUAAGUUUUUAAUUUAAAAUUUAAAGUUUAAGUUUAAAAUUUAAGUGUUUGAAAUAACAUGUCUGUACUGCAUAUACAAUACAUAUCAGCUUGGAAAACACUACAUGAAACUAUUAGGUGUAGGCAGUGGUGGUUGAUAUCACUGUAUCUGUGAAGGUUAAAUGAAUCAUCACUGUGUAGUGUCCCUAAUUCUAAAACCUCAGCACAGUUAAUAAUGAUCGUAAAGAGAGCGAAUCAGAGAUCGGGAGGAUUCGAUUUCAUUUCUGUAGGCACUGGCCGCAUGUGUGUAACAGAUUCAGCAGUGGUCUGGUUUCUAGCCCUACCUCAGUAUUGCCAAACAAUAACCUUCUCUGUGUCUCUCAGUCUAUUUUGCAUUAAUUUCAAAUUUAAAAAUAUCUGUCAUUUGAAACAGAAAAUGUUUUCUAUCAUGCAGACUCUAAACAAACAUAACUCACUCUACCUUCUGUGGACUGUUUUUCCAGCUUUUUGAAGCCUUCCAGCUUUCUCAGCUAUCAAGUGAUACAAACACAUCAAAAAGGCAACUAGUGUUUAUGACAAAUUCACAGGUGACUAAAAUGCAGAAUUUUUCUUUGAUCCAUAUCAUUUCAGUGUAUUGAUCAUAUUUCUAUACUAACCAAAUGAUCUAAUAGUGUGUGAGAUUCCAGUAAGUGCCUUUAGUACACUGUGAUGCUUAUAUACCGUACGUUUGUCCAUUAUAGCUUGGUCGUCAUUCCAAACCAAGUGUACAUGUGUGUGUUUUUGUUUUGUUUUUUGUUUUUUUUGCUGAUAAAACAAUUAUGUAAGCCAUUCAGCCAUACAGUAGCCAUGCACUUUACUGUAGUUCAUUUAAAGUGUGUUGUUUUGGAGAAACAUGGAAUGAGUGAAAAUAUCAUACAGCAUCAUAUCAUAUACCUCUUCAUGAUUUCUUUAUUCCUCUGGAAAUUAUCCAUACAAAUAUUUAACAUCAUGCUAAAGAUGAGAAAAUAAACUAUAUGCUGCAAUGAAGAGUUUAAACAUGUUUUUACCCUUUGAAAGGAUAUAUAUAUAUAUAUAUUCAGGAAAUAAUUGUCCAUAGAAAUAUCAAUGCAGUUUCACUUAUCAUUUUAACAACCCCUCUAUGUCUCAUGAGCUACUCUAAUAA